GACACGUGCGCGGAAGGAGCUUGCAGUAGCGGGCGGCAGAGCUGGAGUAAAGGGAGCUAGUGGUAAAGGGAGCUGGUGGAGGGGUGGCGGCAGGGGUAAGGGGCAGGGGGACAGCCUCUAGACGGAGAGCGGGCUCCGAGGUCUUGGCUGGCCCUCGGUGCGCCCGCGCCUGUGUUGGUCCCACAAUCCCUGGCAAUGAGAGGCCAGGGUUUAUUGGACAGAGUCAGUUGUGGGGUUCAGAGGGUCAGCAAUCAAUCAAUCCUCCGAAUCCAGAGAUUUAGACCCAGUCGUCCGUAUUAGGACUGGAGGAGGGUGAAUAGGUUCAGUGUUUGAGAUGCCAAGGGAACCUGUCUUUUGAUUUGGGGUUCAACAUACAGAGGUAGCAGUCACCAUUAUGCUGAAAGCGGUGAUCCUGAUUGGAGGCCCUCAAAAGGGAACUCGCUUCAGACCUUUGUCUUUUGAGGUGCCCAAACCACUGUUUCCUGUGGCAGGGGUCCCUAUGAUCCAACACCAUAUUGAAGCCUGUGCCCAGGUCCCUGGAAUGCAGGAGAUUCUGCUCAUUGGCUUCUACCAACCUGAUGAGCCCCUCACCCAGUUCCUAGAAGCUGCCCAGCAGGAGUUUAACCUUCCAGUCAGGUACCUGCAGGAAUUUGCCCCCCUAGGCACAGGGGGUGGUCUCUACCAUUUUCGAGACCAGAUCCUGGCUGGGAGCCCCGAGGCAUUCUUCGUGCUCAAUGCUGAUGUCUGCUCCGACUUCCCCUUGAGUGCUAUGUUGGAAGCCCACCGACGCCAGCGUCACCCUUUCUUACUCCUUGGCACUACGGCUAACAGGACGCAAUCCCUCAACUACGGCUGCAUCGUUGAGAAUCCACAGACACACGAGGUAUUGCACUAUGUGGAGAAACCCAGCACAUUUAUCAGUGACAUCAUCAACUGCGGCAUCUACCUCUUUUCUCCUGAAGCCCUGAAGCCUCUUCGGGAUGUCUUCCAGCGUAAUCAGCAGGAUGGGCAAUUGGAGGACUCACCAGGCUCGUGGCCAGGGGCAGGUACCAUCCGCCUAGAGCAGGAUGUGUUUUCAGCCCUGGCAGGGCGGGGCCAGAUAUACGUGCAUCUCACUGAUGGUAUCUGGAGCCAGAUCAAGUCCGCAGGUUCAGCCCUCUACGCCUCCCGCCUCUACCUGAGCCGAUACCAGGACACUCACCCAGAACGGCUGGCCAAGCACACUCCAGGGGGCCCAUGGAUCCGAGGGAAUGUGUACAUCCACCCGACCGCCAAGGUGGCCCCCUCGGCUGUGCUGGGCCCCAACGUCUCCAUCGGGAAGGGGGUGACCGUGGGUGAGGGUGUGCGGCUCCGGGAGAGCAUUGUCCUCCAUGGAGCCACUUUGCAGGAGCACACGUGUGUUCUGCAUAGCAUCGUGGGCUGGGGGAGCACCGUGGGACGCUGGGCCCGCGUGGAGGGUACCCCCAAUGACCCCAACCCCAACGAUCCCCGAGCCCGCAUGGACAGUGAGAGCCUCUUCAAGGACGGGAAGCUGCUGCCUGCCAUCACCAUCCUGGGCUGCCGAGUCCGGAUCCCUGCCGAGGUGCUCAUCCUGAACUCGAUUGUUCUGCCACACAAGGAGCUGAGCCGAAGCUUCACCAACCAGAUCAUCCUCUGAGUGGGGCUGCCAGAAGGCCCCCAGCUCCUACCCACUCCCCUUGAGGCUGCCGCCUUCUUGGCCAGCCUCUGUCCAGAAAGGACCAGAAAGGACCAGGCAGGAUCGUCACACGCCAGGGAGCAAUGUGGGUGGCCUGGGGACUCCUGGGUUUUCUCCCUCCCAACUCCCUAAUAAACCCUGUGAACCUUGGA